CUCUAUCCAAUACUCAUUAACAGAGGGAGACUGCAACACACGGUUUCGAUCCGGUAUUCGAAACGAAGACGAACAGUGACGCGUCGAUUUGGCGUUGAAUACUCGUGUCGUGCGUUUUGAGUGUAAAUAUAAGCCAAAUGGCAAUGAAAAAGUUCAAAUAUAAUGUUAAGGAUCUACUUAAUUGUGUUCGCGAGCGGCCUUGCUUGUGGGAUAGGUCUUUAGAGAGUUAUAGAGAUAAGGUAGAAAGACGGACGGCAUGGGAAGAGAUUUUCAAGAUUUUGGACGAGAACUACGAACAAAUGUCUCCAGAGGAGCAACACUGGAUGGGGGAAGGAGUAAUAUACAAAUGGACGAAUAUCCGAGACACGUUCAUGAAGACACUCAAAACGCAAGUUGGAAAACAAAAACGCCCAUACAUGUUCCACAAUGAACUAACAUUCCUAAAAAAGAACUUUUCUGAUGGAGAAUAUAAUGAAGAAGGUGGUUAUAUUUAUAUGAAACAAGAAGUAGAGAAUGAUGCAGAAACUGAUGAUUCCGUAGUGCGGAAAAAAUCUAAGAUAAGCGUUGGCUUGGGCCCUAAAAAAGAUUCAAGAAAACGCAAAAGAAAUGCUGAUGAGAGUUUCUCGGCAAAAAGUGAUGACAUCGACUAUGUAGAACACGUAGAAAUAGAAUCUGAUCCAAGGACAGUUAUGAAUGAAGAUGAGGCGUUUUUCGCAUCACUGCUGCCGACGGUGGUGAAGUAUGAUGAUGAUGAUAAGCUGGACUUCAGGUUAGGUGUUCUUGAGGUGAUGAAGAGAAUAAAGGAGAAGAAGUGGACGAUAGUGCAAGAGUAAAAGUAGUGGAAUUGAAGAUAUUCUUUAUCAUCUUUCCCAUCCAAUGAAAAGUUUGGAUGAAAUGAUAAAUACUUUCUCUUUUCUCAUACUCGGAAAGUACCUUUAGUGUACGUUUGAACCGAUUAGCGUGAAAUGUUCGCUAUCGAUCGAUCGUGGUGUGUAUCAAAUUAUAAAAAAGGUGAAGCGAUGCUGCCGAUGCCGGAUAGCCUACGCUUUAUUUAGGUUGAUAUCUGAAACAACUCCUAAUUGUUACAUAUCCUUAGAGACUGUCUUUAGCUCGGAGCUAUCCCAGCUAGUCUAAGAGGUUUACAAAAUUCCUAUAUAGUAAAUCCAUAAAAAACUCAGAGUAGUAUAAGAUGUUUGUAAAAUAUUCCUUUUUUAGUUAAUAUUCGGGAUUUAAGUGGAAGAUACUUUUGUUUACAUAUUUUUUGCGAUUAUUAAAAUAUCAAGAUGCUCUGCAUGGUCUCCAUGCGGUGCGGUGAUAGCGAAUUUGCAAUUAAUGUGUUAAGUACAUAUUUUAUCUUGUAUUUACAAUUACAUAGUAAAACGUAUUAAUUACAAUACCUUACAUAGGUUAUGUAUUAUUAAGUAUAUAUAAUUUGUGUGCUUGUCUCGUUCCAAGCAUAGGUGGCUAUGCUUGGAACGAGACAAGCAGUCUUUUUUCUUUUUGUUGAUCUAUGGAUCAAUCACAUUUGUUAAUUUUAAGAAAAAGACGUAUAAAUUAUUAACUGACAGACUGACUAAACUAUAGAAUUAUAUAAGAUUUAAAUAAAAGAACAAACAUUUAA